AUGGAAACUGGCGGCCGGCUGGAGCACCCGCUCGUGGGAUUAAUGAGAGAGAGAGAGAGUUGCCUGCAGUCAGCUCAGGAGCUCACCCGAAGCACUUCGGUCGUGCAGCGGAUCAAAGCGGUCGAAUCCGAGACCCGUUUACUGGUGGUGGACAAGGAAACCGAUGAGCAUCUCCGGAGCCUCCAGCUGACCUGCACGGAGGAGAUGGUGCACACCGGCAUCGUGGCGAACCCCGAAAGGUCUCUGGCCAAACCGCCCAGCACUGACAACGGGGCCGUCUGGAAGCCUCCGGCGGAGCUCGGCAGCCGGAACAACCUCAAAAGGCAGAAGCACAGCUCACGUUCGGAGAGCGAGAGGAAGGAUUUGAAUGGACAGCCCAAGGAGCCCCUGUGCCCACGGCUCUGCCUCCUCAGGAAGGGUCCCAGCGGCUAUGGGUUCAACCUACACAGCGAGAAAUCCAGGCCCGGACAGUUCAUCCGGUCGGUCGACCCCGAUUCGCCCGCGUUCAAGGCAGGGCUGCGACCACAGGAUAAGCUGGUUGAGGUCAAUGGGAUCAACGUGGAAGGCAUGAAGCAUGCUGAGGUGGUGUCGCACAUCAAGUCCAAGGAGAAUGAAGCCAAGCUGCUGGUCGUUGACCCCGAAACAGAGGAACACUUCAAGAAACUUGGCAUAACUCCUACGGAGGAGCAUGUCAGAGGUGGAGUUCCCCAGCCCAUGACCAAUGGGUCAGCCCAAACGCAGCUGAAUGGAGGAUCCCUGUCUUCAUCCCACAGCGAUUGCCAAAGUUCCGAGAGAGAGUCAGAGGUGAGAGAGCCCCCCAAAAAGGACCCCUUUGAAGAAAGCGGCUUAAACUUGAGCCCGACCGCAGCAGAAGCCAAAGAGAAAGUGCGGGCCAAGAGGGUGAACAAAAGGGCCCCCCAGAUGGACUGGAACAAGAAACGGGAGAUUUUCAGCAACUUCUGAGCUGCCACCCCCUCCAUCGCGCUCUUCGUGCCCAGCUGUUCCUGCGAGAGAAGACAUUUGCUGUGUACAUGAAUCAUGCCCCCCGCUUCUCGGUGGGCGCUGCUCCAAGACGCGCCACGCUCGGCUGUGUUUCCACCCAUAGGUUUGCGUUGCUUCGUCACAAGGCAGGUUUGUCAAGCGAUCCCAAAGAGAGAGAGAGAGAGAAAGGCUGAAUUUGCAGGGCCCAGGGAGCAGGGCCGCUGAAGUCCCCAGCAGGAAAAGCGAGAGAAUGACCUGCAUUUGCAUUUACUUCUGGGUCACUUAACAUGCAAUAUUUAGAAUAUAUUAUUUAUAGCACCAUUUUUAUAUAAUUGUUGGUGUUUCUUCGCCUCUCCUUUUUUUUUCCUCUCUCUUUCUGGCAUUUUAAGUAUUUCCGUGUUGCUCACAGAGCGCAUUUCCUUUCUACUUCACUGGAUAUGCUAUGGUUUAUACCACUACGGGCUACAGUGUUAACCUCCUUGUAAAAUGUGCUGGCUGUCCGUUCCAUUGAUUCCUAGGUUUUCUCUGUGGUUUAAAAUUUGGAAUUAAUUUCCUUUUUUUUUAAAAAAAAGAGAGGAAAAAGUGAUAUCAUCUGUUUGGAGUUAGCGCUUGAGACACCCUCCUGUUCAGCUGAGUGGACGAGAAGUUCUUUUCUUUGGAAAAUUCUUGUUUCCAUGUUGCGUCCCUUGCCAAGUCUCCUCCGCCCCUAAAGAAAAAUUUGGCUUGCUGAAACUUAGCUCUUAGCUUAAAAAAAAAGGUUGCAAAAAAAUCCUGCAACGAGGGGGGCGGGUGGGAGGCUGCAGAAGUGCGACACUCUUGUCAGCGGUCUGGAGAUGGGAGGAAGGGAGGGGCCUUCGCUGGAUCUUGACAUUUCUGAGGAAAUAAUUCUGGCUGCAACAGGAAACUGGAAAUGUGUUUUACUGAGGCUCCGAAGAAGCAAGGGGG